GGAGGAUCACACACCGGCAGAUAUUGGAAUUGUAAGCGUGGACACCACAUUUUGUAAAAUCAUUGAACCCUGAGCUGACUUGCAGUACAAAGGCAGCCAUGCAGGAUGAAGAUGGAUAUGUCACCCUAAAUGUUAAAAGUCAAAAGCCAGGUCUCACCUCAGGCGAGUCUGCUUCCUCCUCCUGGUGGCGUAUGCUGGCUUUGAUUCUGCUGGUCUUGUGCAUGGGGAUGGUGGUUGGCAUGGUGGCUCUGGGGAUUAUAUCUGUCACACAGCAAAAUUACCUACAAACUGAAAAUGAACAUCUCUCAGGAGCUCUGGAACAGUUAGCAAAGAACUUCUGCCAACAUUUAUCCAAACAAUUAGAACCAAAAAGCCAUAAAUGCAGCCCCUGUGACGCAAACUGGAGAUAUUAUGGAGAUAGUUGCUACGGAUUCUUCAGGCACAACUUGACAUGGGAAGAAAGUAAGCAGUAUUGCACUGACAGGAACGCUAUUCUCCUGAAGAUUGCCAACCAGAACAUUCUGGAAUACCUGAAAGGUAGGACUGGUUUAAUUCGUUGGAUUGGAUUAUCUCGCCAGAACUCUAAUGGGACCUGGAUGUGGGAAGAUGGCUUGGUACUCUCCAAAAAUAUGUCUGUGCUUCCUGAAGAUAGAAGAGAAAAUAUGAAUUGCGCUUAUUUUCAUAAUGGGAAAAUCCACCCUACUUCGUGUAAGAACAAACAUUAUUUAAUGUGUGAGAGGAAGGCUGGCAGGGUAAAACUGGAUCAACUACUUUAAUGCAAAGAGACAGACAGGAUAUCACAGACAAGGGUGCGAAUGCACAAUAAAACAUCUGGAUGAGGAAACGACUAGCCAUAAAAUUGCUUAUUUCACCCUUU